AGAUAAACUAGAACCACCAGACUGUAGGAGAAAGAGAAGAGAUGGAGGAACCCUCAUCUGGAAAAGGGAUUAUUAACAAUCCAGCAGAUCUCAGUGUCAUCGUUGGAUACUUCCUCAUGGUCAUCAGCGUUGGUGUUUGGUCCGCGUUUCGUACCAACCGUGGGACGGUGGGGGGAUAUUUCCUGGCGGGACGCUCCAUGGCUUGGUGGUCGGUUGGCACCUCCCUGUUUGCCAGUAAUAUUGGGAGCGGCCAUUUUGUGGGCCUGGCGGGAACAGGGGCAGCGGCGGGCAUCGCCGUGGGAGGCUUCGAGUGGAACGCUCUGUUCAUCGUGCUGCUGCUGGGCUGGCUGUUUGUACCGGUCUACCUCACAGCCCAGGUGAUCACGAUGCCACAGUACCUGAAGAAGAGGUUCGGCGGGAGCAGGAUCAGCCUCUACCUGUCCGUUAUUUCUCUGUUCCUGUACAUUUUCACCAAGAUCUCAGUGGAUAUGUUCUCUGGAGCCGUGUUCAUCCAGCAGGCCUUGGGCUGGAAUAUCUACGUGUCAAUCAUCGCCCUACUGUUAAUCACAGCCUUGUACACUGUGACGGGGGGCCUUGCAGCUUUAAUGUACACUGAUACAUUUCAGACGUUUGUCAUCAUCGCUGGCGCCUUCGUCCUCACCGGGUUCUCCUUUGCUGAGAUCGGCGGCUACGGCGCCCUGCUUGAAAAAUACAGCUCUGCGAUACCGAGCAACAUCUCCUCCCUGGACAUCCAGCGCUAUAACAUCUCCCCCCAGUGCUACACCCCCAGACAGGAUGCCUUCAGCCUGCUGAGGGACCCCACCACAGGAGACCUGCCCUGGCCCGGCGUAGUGUUUGGGAUGACCAUUGGGGGGAUCUGGUACUGGUGCUCUGACCAGGUGAUUGUGCAGAGAUGCCUUGCGGCUCGGAGUCUCACCCAUGUGAAGGCCGGCUGCAUCGUGUGCGGCUACCUCAAGCUGCUCCCAAUGUUCCUCAUGGUGUUCCCUGGAAUGAUCAGCAGGAUCCUCUAUCCAGAUGAUGUCGGCUGCGUGGUCCCUGAGAUCUGCAAGGAAGUUUGUGGGACCGAAGUGGGCUGCUCCAAUAUAGCUUAUCCUAAACUGGUGGUGACAGUCAUGCCCAGUGGUCUGCGAGGCCUAAUGCUGGCCGUGAUGCUGGCCGCUCUCAUGUCUUCUUUGGCCUCCAUCUUUAACAGCAGCAGCACUCUGUUCACCAUGGACAUCUGGACCCGCAUCAGGCCACAGGCCACUGAACGGGAGCUCAUCGUCAUAGGCCGCAUUUGGGUUCUGUGCAUCGUGGUCAUCAGCAUCUGCUGGAUCCCCGUGGUUCAGGCAGCCCAGAGUGGUCAGCUGUUCGACUACAUCCAGUCAGUCUCCAGCUAUCUGUCUCCACCCAUCGCCUCCGUCUUUUUGCUGGCUGUCUUUGUCAAAAGGGUCAACGAAACGGGGGCUUUCUGGGGCCUGAUUGGUGGUCUAGUGAUGGGCCUGUGUCGGAUGUUGCUAGAGUUCUGGUUUGGUACCGGCAGCUGUAUUUUCCCCUCUCGGUGCCCUUACCUUGUGUGCGGCAUUCACUACUUACACUUUGCCAUCAUCCUCUUUGCCAGCACAUCAGUGCUGGUCUUGCUGAUCAGUUUCUGUACGGAGCCUAUUGAGACUAAACACCUCCAUCGUCUGGUGUUCAGUCUUCGUCACUCUAAAGAAGAGAGGGAAGAUCUGGACUGGGAGCAAGAAGAGCAUGCGAGAAGAGCCCGUAAGGAUGCCAGGGAGAGGGCGAGAGAGAGGGCUAACGCAAGUACAGAAGCUGAAGGUGAUAAAAAGUCUGGGAUCUGCCGCCUGGUUGGUGGCUUCUGUGGAUUGAGUGGAGGGCCGCAGGCUGAGGAAGCAGCAGAGGACUUAGAGCCACAGAUGCCAGACAUUCGGGAGAACCGUGGAUGGAAGCACAUUGUGGAUUCUAAUGCUCUCAUCAUGAUGGCCGUUGCAGCUUUUAUGUGGGGAUACUUUGCUUGACUGAGUCUUUGUUCAGAAAUCCAAACCUGCACUGGAGUCUAUAAACCUCUACAUCUCCAUCUGCUGGUACUUUUUGGGCAUUACACCAAAGUAAGACCUUUAGUCUUACUUUGUAAGUAAGUUAGAUCAGUGUUUCCCAACCUUUUUUGACUUGUGUACCUCUUUGGGCAGUUUGUCUUUCCAUGAGCCACCCCCUCUCAGUCAAAAUUAUUGAUUUCCCAUAAGUGUUAACGUACAAUAACUGAUUAU